AAGUGCCUCCAAAUCAACUACAUGACCUAUGAUGUCUGUCGUGAUCAAGAUACCUUGAAACCAGGGUAUGGUGGUGUUGUAAUGACUUUGUUGAGAGAACAUGACGGUGACACUCAUCCAUUUUGGUAUGCCCAAGUUUUAGGUGCUUUUUCCGUACAGGUGCUCCAUGUUGGCCCUGACAUUCAUAAUCGCUCACCUCAGUCCAUGGAAUUCCUGUGGGUUCAAUGGCUGAGUAUA